AUGUGGCCCACAAAAAAAGAAACCGGCGUUCAACUAACGUAUGGAAUUUCAGGCCCUGGCAUCUUGUUCCCCACUACGGGGAAUCGUACAGACACAUACGUGCCUGAAUUCCGCUUCCCGCGUCUCCGAGAUCACGCUGCACGAUAUCGCCGUAUGAAGAAAUCAGCUCUUGUUCUUUCGCCUCCAAAGCCUCAAGUUAGGGGGCACCGACUGACCUUAAGUCGUGAUGCUUCCUUUCUUCCUCAGUACAUAGUCCUGAGCCUUGCUGCUGAGGCAGACGCGCUAGAUGAGGAAAAAUACGAUCCAGAAGUAGGAGCACUAUCAGCGGUUUUCCAGCUUGGAACGGGAGCUUAUGCGCUGCUGGUACGGAUCGAGGGGAGAAGACGUUUUCUUAAGAGUAAAUCAAAUAUAGUGGCUGUACACGCCGUGGCGUGGGCCGAUGGGGAAACUCUCAAUGUGCUGGUGAUGAUGCCAGUGAAGAAGCGUCUCAAAGCAGAGCAAACAGGCGGAGACGAGAGGCCAUACGGAAAGAAGAGAAGCAAUACAAGUAGAAAUGACAGUGGCAACGAUCAAAAUGAGAACAUUGCAGAGAAUGGCAAAGACAAGAGCGGAAAAGACAAUGAAAGAGACGGUAACAGCAGUGAAAGCAACAGUGAGAGCGGCAGUGAAAGUGAGGACAAUAGCUCAAGUCUGGAUGAGCGUAUGAGACAAAAAGAAGCCGACAACGGUGGUCGGGAAGUUUCUGAAAGGCCGGCUAAGAAAUCCGCAUCAAAAUGGCUUGCCGCCUACCCGCGCAAAGUUCUUCUGUGCGAUAUUGAGGCGCGCAUUCUUCAGGUGGCUGUCGCGGCCCGCUCUCGCCUCAUUGCAGUGCGCACAACGUCGCGCAUUGUGUUCUUGGAAGUGCGGUGGAAUAACGAUCCCAAGUCCAAGGGCCUUGAGGUUUCGCGGAUCGAAGCCGCUAUAUCACCAUCUGAUGUUGACGGCCAUUCUCUCGUGCAUGUGGAGUUUGCUCAAGACGAUCGUUUUCUUGUGGUGGAUCUGCUCGGGACAGUAGCAGUAUUCCACUUCGAAUUUGGCGCACGGUGGACUUUUGGGCGCGACCAUUUGGUGCGGGUGCCCGAGCCGCAAGAGCUUUCUGCCUGGCGCCGCGCAUGCUUCUCUCGCGCAGGCGAACUUCUUGUGGCCUCGCGCACAGGCGUGUCACUAAUACAGCUUCAGCUUGAGACAAGCCCCAAAGUGCCAUACAUCAAUGUGCCGACACUACUGGAAAAGCAGCGUGUUUCUGAUUCCACACCCAAAGUGAGUACGAUUAUUCUGGCACGAAUGUGGUCGCGCAUCCAGGACAUGCAAACGGUGGCAGGUACGCCGUACAUUUUUCUAUUGACGACGCAGGAGAUCAUCUGGUGCACCAAAGACGACAUGCCUCUUCGGCGGCUUGUAUCUUGGAAGCAUUAUUUGGACAAUUCUGAUCUGCUGAUGCGAAUGACCAUUUCGCAUGAAGGUAACCAGUACAUUUGUGCGAUUUUCUCUGCGCGGCUGCCGCUCAUUGUCGUUUUUUCCUUUGCAGAGGUUGAGGGUCGGCCCUGCAGCGUUCGCGACCCAUACUUUUUACGGGCGCUGUUUCGGGGCCUCUCGCACUUAUCUGUGGCACCGGCUCCUUUUUCGUGCGGGCGCGACCCUCUGCUUACGCUUGUCGAAAGCGGAAAGGGCGUGAUUUUUUCUAUUCUCCGCCCGCAUGGCGGUUUUUGUACGCCACCUCCACCGCUCGAGAUGAAGCGUCAGGAUGCAAGUGUGUCCGUACAAUUUUCUGAAUCGCAAUCAAAGUCCUACAAAUACUGGAUACAGCUGCCAUCACCAAUGUCAUUCAAACCAACUACUGGCUCGGAAAUUCUAUAUGAACAAAUGGAGGACCUUAACAACCUUGACGGUUGGAGUAUAGAUGUCCAUGAUGCUUACAUGUAUGGCCCGCACCAUUUCGCUGCCUUGGCUUCGCGCACUCCGCUCUCCAAAGAAGCACGAGUUUUGGCCGGUCCUGAUGCCCUUCGCCAAUAUGCGCGCCUUCUUAGUGCGGCUGCCAAAGAAGACAUUGCACCCACAUGGCAUGCGUUGGCUACACUAGGCGGGGACAUUCCCCAGUUUGAGCACAACAGGAGCCAUUUUGACGCCAUGACCCUCCAACUCCGUUCGCAUUAUGCUUCUUCCGGGCUUGCGGUAGAAAACCAAAUCUCGAGUCUUUUAAGUGAGCGCCAGCGUGCUGCUGCACGCAUCUCAUUUCCAGUCGAUUCGGCGGCUUCGCUUGCCCGAGCGCUCGGCAAACUUUCGCGCAACCGUCUUAAUAUCCGCCAGGCGACGAUGCUUCUUGCCACGAGUCUGAUACGCGCAGCAAGAAACGACCUUCCUCAACAAUUAGAUAACAGCAUUGAAGCCGCCCACGCAGAGGCGCCCAAAGAGCUUCAGGAGAUUUUUAACGAUUGGGAAGAAGCACCACCUCCUCUAGAGCAGACAAAGAAAAGCAAGCGUGAGCUUCGUCGUCUUGCCCUUGCCAAUUCCCAACCACAGUUUUCUCAAGGCGUUCACUCGUUUUCGUCCCACGUUUCGCUGCCUCAGUCAGUCCAAUCUGAGCCUCGUUCUUCUCAAUCGAUUCCUUCUCAAACAGCUCCUUCGCAGUCAUUAACAUCUAUCCCAGUUGUCUCUUCAUCGCAAAUAUCAAUCACGCGGUCGCAAUCUCAAACACGGUCGCCUGCUCCUUCGCAAGGGCUCAAGAGGUUUGGUCUGCAAACUGCAAGUCAAAAGAAGAAGAAAAAGAAGGGAGGCUUUGCAUAG